AGGAACUAACUCGGGAAGAAGAUGGUGGAGGGGAGGAGGAAGAGGGGCCGCCGGCGAUGGCGAUAGCGAACAACGACUCACUGGUGGUGUCUGCGGCGCCUCGUCUGUCGGCCGGACCAGGUGCCGAUCUCUGUGGCAUCGACGGCCGCGCUAAUGUCCGCAGCGGCUUGAUGGGGGAGGGACACCGCCUGCGGACCGGGGAAGAAGAUGGUGAGCGAGAGGAGGAGGACGCACCGGCGAUGGCGAUAGGGAUAGGGAUGACUAAGAACGACGCAGCGGUGUUGUCUGCAGCGCCGCCUCUGUCGGCUGGACAAGGUGCCGAUCUCUGUCGCAGCGACGGCUGCGCGAACGGCUGCAGCGGCUUGAUGAGGGAGCGCCGCCACCUGCAGACUGGGGAAGAAGAUGGUGAGAAAGACGAGGAGGCGGCACCGGCGAUGGUGAAGGGAGAGGAGGUGCUGUUGUGUGCCGCGCCUCCUCCAUCGAGAAGCGAUCUUACUGCGACGGGUACGGAUGUAGGUGGAAGAGAGUGGCGCAGCGAGUUGUAUCGGCAAGCGCCUCCUCCAUCGAGAGGCGAUCUUACUGCGACGGGUACGGAUGUAAGAGGAAGAGAGUGGGGCAGCGAGUUGUGUCAGCAAGUCCACCUGGCAGCGCCUAUCAUCGUAAUGAACCUCCUGUGGCAGAGUCGUUUUCCCAUCGCGUCACUGUUUCUUGGUCGGCUGGGGACUGUCAAGCUCGCCGGGGGCGGGCUGGCUAUGGUACUAGCCAAUCUGACGGGUUUCUGCAUGUUGAACGGGAUGUCCGUCGGGAUCGAGAUUCUCUGCGGCAAGGCCUACGGAGCGAGAAAGUUCGGUGAACUCUCGCUGACCCUUCAGCGGGGACUGCUGAUUCUGUUGGCUGUCUGCAUGUCGACGGCAUGCUUUUGGGUGAUUCUUCCUCGCCUCCUCGCCGCCACCGGGCAAGAUCCUGCUGUCGUGGCAGUAACUGCCCAGUUCCUGACCUUCCUCGUGCCAGAUUUAGUCGCCUCUGCAGGCGUCAAUGCGCUUGCCGCUUUCCUUCGCUCUCAGUCUAUUACCCAACCCAUCAUGAUUAGCACCGCAUUAGCGUUGGUGGUCCAGACAGCCGGGGGGUGGGUCGCGAUCCACGUGCUGGACCUUGGGAUCGCCGGGGUGGCAAUGAGUCUAUUCUUGUCCGACAUGACGAUUCUUCUCUCCCUCCUGGUCGUGAUCUGGCUCUGGUACACGUCGAGCUGGACGGGGUUCUCGCGAGACUGCUUCUCCAACCUCCGCCCCUUGCUGUCUCUCUCCCUUCCUGCUUGUUUCGCCAUAGCUCUCGAGUGGUGGUCCUACGAGUUCAUGGGGGUCAUCUCCGGUCUUCUUCCCGAUCCAGCGGUGAGCCUCGCGUCCAUGUCCAUCGCCGAGAAUAUCUCUUACAUGUACUUCAUGGUGCCGUCAGGCAUGUACUUGGCUGUAAGCAUAAGGAUGACAAACGAGCUCGGCGCGCAUCGGGCGGAUCGCGCGCGGCUGUGUGCCAAGGUGGGCGCCUACCUGGCAGCUGCAGGAGGGCUGCUGGGUCUCUGCACUAUGAUUCUGUGCAGGGGAAUCUGGGCUCCUCUCUUCACAGACGACCCGGAGAUUCUCAGGACUGUGGAUGACACGCUCGUAUUCGUUGGCUUGUGCUCAUUGGUCGAGAGUCCGGCCUCGAUGGCAGCAGCCGUAGCUCGCUGCACCGGCCAUCAAACCGCACCGGCGGUCUCCGUUAUCCCGUCUUACGCAGUGGGUGUUACUGCCGGGUUAUGCCUUGCCUUCCACGUCUUUUCUGGUCUGACAGGCUUGUGGACUGGGCUGGCUAUAGGGCAGACCCUGAACUUCUUGCUUCUGUGGGUCUUCGUCUUGAGAUCGCUUAACUGGGAGGAGGCUGCGGGCGGGGCCAGGUGGGAGGCGCGGACGCCUGGCGGCAUCUGUCAAGAGGAGGAAGGAGAGGGAGAGGGAGAGGGAGAGGGAUACCAACUGCCAUCAUCGAAGCAAUCAAGAGGAGGAAGACCGAAGACGAAGAUGGCCGCCCAUUCGCGCCACGACUUGCCUGGUUGCUCUCCUCCUAAGAGCUGUUAUGGCAAUCAAGGCCGUGAUCUUGCUUCUAGUACUCGUUAUCAGAAGGCUCGUUCAGCAGCAGCAGCAGCUUCUUCUGAACCUUCUCUCACGGAACCGUUGCUGCCCUGCCACGGCGAUCGUCGGCAUAAGGAGGAAGGUUACCACGGUGACCAUCAUGAGGAUGAUUCGUCGGUCUUCUCUGAGGUUUUAUGAACGAAUUUGUUGCAGCUGUCUAUUGAGCUCGUUCGGUCUUCAAUCCAUUCUCCUGCAACUGCUGGAUUUUGCC